CAACAACAAUGUCGACUGUGGCUAUCAACCUGCCUCUCCCCGUCCUGCCUGCGGGCUGGGCGGCGGAAAAGGAUUUCAAGGCCGUUGGCGCCCUGUCAGCCCCUACUCAGCGUAACAUUGAGCCUGUCGGCCCUCACUUCCUGGCCCACGCCCGCAGGAUGCGCCAUAAGCGCACCUUCUCUGAGGAUGAUCGUAUCCAGGCCGAGAAAUCUGCCAAGAAGGUCGAAGAGGAGGAUGACGGCGACAUCUCCGAGCCCGAGGACCCGCUGAUGCUUCAGCGUGACGCCAAGGACUGGAAGGGUCAAGACCAUUAUGCUGUCCUUGGUCUCUCCAAGUACCGCUGGAGAGCUACUGAGGACCAGAUUAAGCGCGCCCACCGCAAGAAGGUCCUCCGUCACCACCCCGACAAGAAGGCCGCCGCUGGUCAGGCCCAGGACGACAGUUUCUUCAAGUGCAUUCAGAAAGCUACUGAGAUUUUGCUCGACCCUGUCAAGCGCCGCCAAUUUGACUCCGUCGAUGAGGCUGCCGACGUCGAGCCUCCUACCAAGAAAGAGACCCAAAAGGGCAACUUCUUCAAGUUGUGGGGACCCGUCUUCGAGUCUGAGGCUCGUUUCUCCAAGACUCAGCCCGUGCCUCUCCUCGGUGAUGAAAACAGCACCAGGGAGGAGGUGGAGACUUUCUAUAACGCCUGGUACAACUUCGACAGCUGGAGGACCUUCGAGUACCAGGACGAGGAUGUUCCCGACGACAACGAAAACCGUGACCAGAAGCGUCACGUUGAAAAGAAGAACCAAAAUGCUCGCAAGAAGAAGAAGACGGAAGACACUACUCGCCUGAGGCAUCUUGUCGAUGACUGUCUUGCUCUUGACGAACGCAUCAAGAAGUUCCGUCAACAAGAGCACGCCCAGAAGAACAAGAAGCGCCUGGAGAGGGAGGCCGAGGCUAAACGUGCCGCCGAAGAUGCUCAGAAGAAGAAGGAAGAGGAAGCGCGUCUGCAGGCCGAGAAGGAGGCUGCCGCGAAGGUUGAGAAGGAAGCUGGUAAGAAGGCCAAGGAGGCGGCCAAGAACGCCGCAAAGAAGAACAAGCGUGUCGUGCGCAGUGCGGCCAAGGACAACAACUACCUUGUUGAUGGCGAGGCUUCGGCGGCGCAGAUUGACGGUGUUCUGAAUGAUGUGGACGUGCUCAUCACCAAAUUGGACGCUGACGAGCUGGCUGCGUUUGUUGCCAAGCUUAACGGCAAGUCCGGAGCUGCCAGUGUCAGACCUAUUUACGCCGAUGAAAUCAAGCGUCUGGUUGAGGCGGGCAAGGUGAAGGCGGGCGAGCUCAAGAACAUUGAGGCUUGAGAGAGGAAGAGUGUGUAUGUUAUAGAUU